AUGAAACGAGACAAUCAAAGCGUGGUGACGGAAUUCAUCUUGAUUGGAUUUUCCAGUUUCCCAGAUCUGCAGGCCCCACUGUUUGUGGUAUGCUCCUUCAUGUACUUGGCCAUUUUGGCUGGAAAUAUCAUCAUCAUUGCUACAAUAAGGCGCGACUCCACCCUCCACACCCCCAUGUACUUCUUCCUCGCCAUGCUCUCCAGCUCAGAAACCUGCUACACCUUCAGCAUUAUCCCCAAUAUGCUUGUCAAUCUUCUAAGAGAAAAGGGAACUAUCUCAUUCAUUGGCUGCGCUGUUCAGAUGUAUGUAUUCCUUGCCUUUGCAAACAUAAAUUGUAUGCUUCUCACAGUGAUGGGGUAUGACCGAUACGUGUCCAUAUGUAAACCUUUGCAUUAUUCAGUCUUGAUGAAUCAGAGAUUCUGUACUAAACUGGUUGCCUUUUCGGUAACGACCGGUUUUGUUUUUUCUACACUGGAAGCCUAUUUCAUAUUUACCUUGCCAUUCUGUGGGCCGAAUAAAAUCCAUCACUUCUUUUGUGAUUUAGCACCUCUGCUUGAGCUGGCCUGCGGCCGAAAUUAUCUAGGAGAAAUUGUCAUUUUUCUUAUUUGUAUCUUAAUGGUCUCUUGCUCGUUCCUUCUGAUCCUCCUCUCGUAUAUUGUAAUCUUAAACACAAUCCUGAAAAUCCCCACCACAGACGGGAAGCGCAAAGCCUUUUCGACUUGCGCCUCCCAUCUUAUUGUGGUGGUUGUGCACUUUGGUUGUGCUUCCAUUAUUUACCUGAGGCCCCAAUCCAGGUACACUUUGAACGAGGACACGUUUAUCUCCGUCACCUACACACUGAUGACUCCACUGCUGAAUCCUGUCGUUUACAGCCUGAGGAACAAGGAUGUCCAAAUAGCACUCAAGAAAUCCCUGGGCAGAAGAAUGUGCAGCCAGAAGAUGUGA